ACCACGCCGCCUCCACGGAGGACGGGACGCCGUCCGAGCGCAGCUUCUCCUCGGAGAAGACGGGCACCCCGAGCGGAGCCACACCCCCCACAGCCAGGCCGCCACCCCCCAGCGGCCUCUCCUCACCCCCACAGCCAGGCCGCCACCCCCAGCGGCCUCUCCUCACGCCCCAGCAGCAGGCCGCCGCGCCGCCCCCCUCCCCCAGUCCCCCAGCUCCUUCUGCUCCCCCCCGCGCCUGGUGCGCGCCUCCCCGCUCGCCCUCGCCGUCGCCGUGACGCCCGUCCGCCGGCCCGCCAGCGCCCCCGCCCUCCAGUUCGGGGAGUUCUCCCCCCAGCGCCUCAGCGCCCCCGACACCCCCAGCCGGGAGCUCCUCUUCCCCCGGCUGUCCCCGGCCUGGCUGGACUCCUCCCUCGCCCCCCUCGGCCCUGCCCUCAGCCCCGAAAGAGACCCCCGCACCGCCCAGGACAACCUCAAGUCCUCCCCCGCCUUCUCGCUGCCGGUGUCCAAGCACUCCCCGCGAUCCCUGCCCAUCUCGCACUCCCUAGACCCCAACUCGCCGUCCAAUGGGGAGGAAGGGCCUACCAGCUACGCUGGAUCGGCUGGACCGCUCGUGUAUGGCUGUUCCAAGUGUGGCUGCUCGUACCCAGGCAUGGUGUUCAGGAGACCUGACCAGAAAUCCUACUGUCCAAAAUGCACGCCCGAGAAGAAGCUGGAAGCCCCCCGAAACAUCGUCUUCAGGAAGUGGCUGCCGUGCGGGCAGUGCCGGGCGUGCCAGGUCACAGCGGACUGUGGCACGUGCGCCAGCUGCCGGCACGGCCUGUUAAACCCCGCCUCCCUGAAACCCGUCCGCUGCCGCCGGAGGAAGUGCCUCUGUCCGAUCCGCAAGGACGGCCAAGGCCAGUGGGUGCUUGGGAGGGCAUCGGACACGAAGGAACAAGGCACAACCACACCGAAAAAGACAGAUAAAUUAUCAAAGUUUGGGAGGAAACUCAAAUUGACGAAAUUAAAGAGGCAAAUUGCUGAGGAUGUGACGAGAAAGCCCAGGGCUCGGCGCCUGGAGUAUGGCCAGACUAAGCGCUUUAAGAAGCCGUAUGCCGUUCCCCAGUACAGCGACACGGAAGACUACCCCGGAUAUUACGAUGAUAACGACGACAUGGACAACGGACCGAAGAAGCGCAGCCGGCGCGCCUGCGGGAGAUGCGACGCCUGCCUGCGCACGACGGACUGCGGCCGCUGCGACUUCUGCAUGGACAAGCCCAAGUUCGGCGGGCGCAACAAGAAGAGGCAGAAGUGCCGCCUGCGCCAGUGCCAGAGUCACGCCAUGAGGCACUUGCUGCCCUUUCAGAUGGGUAAAUCUGGGGCCAGGCGACUCAUGCCUAAAUCGGGCCGGGACAAGUACUGGAGCAGGCGGGUGCAGUCGUCCCAGCGGCUGUCGUGGGAGGACAUGGAGCUGACCAACGACGAGGACGAGGAGGGCUACAUCGGGACGCUGCGGCCGGGUCUGUACGACCUGGACAAGGACCAGGAGGACCAGGAGGGCCUGGGGGACGCCGACGGGGACGUGGCGACCGCGGUCUCACAGAUGAACUCUGUGCUGCACUGUGACCCCAGCAAUGGCGCGCUGGUCUCCGAGGAGCUCUACGUCAGCAGCUACCCCCUCGCCAUCCAGGACCAGUUUCAAACGGAACGGACCAAACUCAAGAUGGCGAACGCGGGCCGCUCGCCGGCCGUCUAUGACACGGGCUUGCCCCUCCCUCCUCCGGACCCGGAGGUUCUGUACAGCCAGGCCGGCCUGCCGGGCCAGUACAGGAACAUUCCGGAGCUCCUGAGCAGUCCAGGGACGGGCGGCGUCAACGCCGCGCUGGUCCUGAGGGGGGACGUGGAGAUCGUGGAGGUGGAUUCUGGGGAGCGCGGGGAACCUGAGUCCACCCCUGUGAUCACGCAGAUCUUCAGCCUGGCGGCGGGGGCGCCGGCGGUGAGCGAGGCGGAGCGGGAGCUGCUGCGGCUGCUGGAGGCGCUGCGGCGGACGGUGCUGCCGGCGCACUGGGUGGGGCUGAUGGUGGAGGGCCCGCGGCUGCAGCUGCUGCAGUGCUCCAAGCUGUCCACCAUGGCCGACACCGUGCUGCAGGUGGAGCCGGGCUUCUUCUACCGCGUGAGCGUGCAGGGCCAGCCGCUGCUGCUCACGCACCCGCUGUACGAGGCGCACCCGCCCCGCCUGGCCCGCGCCGAGCUGGUGGUGUCCGUGCUGCUGGACCUGGAGCGCUACACCGUGUGCCAGGGCUACCCGUCCUGCGUGCCGCGGCCCGACCGCCAGCCCGUGCUGUACGUGCGCGCCGCCGCCUGCGGCCUGCUGGUGCUGCAGUCCGAGGAGCGCUGCGACAAGUGCGACAUCACCCAGCUGGUGGUGUGAGGGGGCGGGGGGGUGGUGGUGCAGGGACGGGACCAAAGAGUGUACUCGAUCACAAGGGGCUGCCCCUCCUCCAUGCAACUCGGGACCGGCAGGUCCCCCCUAAGGUGCGGAGGUGUAUUUCACUUAACCGCUGUUCAGCACUGCUGGAGAAUAAAGACUGGUAAAAUGUAUGAGAACUGGGGAUUUCAACCCCUCCCAAUCAGAGCUGCCCACACCCCCCCCACCGGGAUUCGUACAACUCCCCCACCCCCCCACCCUCAAGAGGAUCAGAGCUGCCCACACCCACCCCAACCCCCCAGCUCUGUUUCUAUGGUGCUCAGUGUGGAAUCACAUUUAAAGCUCGUCAAGGACAGCCAACGGCCUCCCACUUCUCAACGGCCGUUUCUGGUUGUGAAAAGAGCACGAUGAGACUGCUGCUGUUUUAACUGCUGUUCUUUUGUUUGUUUGUUUGUUUGUUUUCUUUUUGUAUUCUGCCUCUGACUCGAUGCUUAUCGCAUUUAGGGAGAGGGAGGUGAACUCAUCCACUCGACUACCUCUCAGUGGUUUUCCCACUUGGCUCCAUGUUUCUCUCCCCGAUUUCUUUUCUUUUAUUUUUUUAGUUUUUCUUGCUGCUUCCUGGGUUUUGUCAUCAAAAUGGAGGUGUGGUAAUGGAGACAGGUGUACGGCACAGGCACACGUUCGUCCGUUGCUGGAACGCUUGUUCUGCUGUUUGCUGGAAACUGCCUUAUAGCUAGUGCUUAGCCGCCGUUCAGCUAGCCGACCGGUCUCUUUUGUCGGUUUAAAUUCAAACCUGUUUCAUGUUGACCGCUUUCACCCCGGUCGAGCGGUGACAAUGUGUGGUGUCAUCACCCUAACGGUAGUUCAGGUGGGUGCUGGUUUCCUGUUGCUCGCUUCCUUCAGGUAAGGUUGUGUCCGUCUGCACAAGUAAACAAUCCACAGCCACAGCCUCCAUCAUGGGGGAGAGCACUUUGGCCUCUUUCCAUGCUGGCUCGCUCACUCUUAAUAGGCGGGUGAACUUCGCUGCAUGUUAGCAAAACUGCUUCCAGCACCCAAGCCUGUUUCAUUACCAUUCCUCCCCAGGUAGAGUGAGAGCACUCACCACUUUUUAGUUUGUUCGUUUUUUUUUUUAACGUUUGUUUGCCUUCCACCUGUGGUACAAACUGGACCAUCUUUCCCCGAAUAAUCGAGUCCAGGACUCAGUCUCCUGUUUCUGAACGAAUGUGUUUUAAGUUUCUAAAUUGCGUCCCCAGUCUGGUAAAUGACACUCGAGUGACGUGUGAAGCAUAAAUAUCCUUUGCUAUUGGGUAUUGGGUAAAGCAAGGGAGGGGGGGAGGUUUGUCAAAAAGCACACAGAUCUAAAAAAAAAAAAUAGUGCCAAGUUGUUCAAAAAACCACUUUAUGCAGCAAAGCCCAUACCUUUGCAAGCUCAUCUUUAGAGUUCCUAAAGAAACACAAACUUAUCCAAAGGUGUUUUUCUUAACCAAGUGUGGCUAGUAUUUUUUAUUCAUAUUGUGCGAAAUUAUGCUCUUGUAAAUAUGAACAGGACUAUUUAAAAAAUUGGAAUAAGAUUAUAUUUACACACUUGGAUGAAGCCUUUAAGUAGUACACUUGGCAGAGAGGUGAAUUUGGAUUAUCGAUCGAUGAUGAAUCAUGCCGAAAUGCAGUUCCACUUCACCAUGACCAAGUUUGUUUUAUUCCAGAUUGGUGUGGGGGUGGGGUAUUCUCAGUGAUUUUUCUUUGUUUCAAUUUGAUUUCCUCCCCUCCCCCCCACCCACCCCCAAUUUCUCAGUUUUGAUAUUAAUAUGUUCCUAAUUUCUCUGGGAUGCUUUUUCAUUGACGGUUCUUUAAAGGAUGAUCACUGCAUUUGGACUUAUCAUUCCUGUGUCUGUUGAAGCUUUCAGUUUUAUACUUAAAAACUAAGUCCACAUAAAGGAUUAGUAGAGAUUGUCAGUUAGUGUUGGGAAUGCUGUUGGCUGUCCCUGACGCAUUCUAGAAUUCAUGGUUAAUGGUUUAUUUUUUCUAAUUAUAUUAAACCAUAUGUUUUGAAAAUAAGAA